ACACGCUUUUCGCAACCAGAUCCUCGAUCAAUACCAAAUUAGUCACAACUUUUCGCAAUCUUAGCUUAUUCGAUAUGUCUGGAGUAAUUGAGGAUAUUAAGAACAAAAUUUUGGGCCAGCCUACUGAGGGGGAGCAGCAAGCUUCCACCGAGCCCGGGUACGACGAUACCUCCUCGACUCGCGCAACCCGCUCAGGCCAGGUUUAUGGCACCCAGGGUGAGCAGCAAGCAUCCCGCUCGUCUGGCACCCAGCACCCUGGCGCGUUCGACAAUGAGCGAACCACCGGAUCUUCGGGGUACGACAACCAAGGUUACGACACCCAGCAGUCUACUACAGGCUCGUAUGGCAACCAGCCUUCCUCUUAUGAUCAGCAGCAAUCGUCUCGCAACCAGCCUUCCGCUUAUGACCAGCAGCAAUCGUCUCGCACGUCUGGCUCUGACGCUGGAUUCGGCGCCGGUUCAACUGGCAGUCGCCAUCAGGGCUCCUCGGCAGGUUCAGCAGCCCUUGGUGCUGGCGUCGGUGCCGGUGUGGGCGCCGGCGCCGCUUCGCACGGCUCUCGCCAGUCUGGCAGCGACAAUCUCGGUCGCUCUGAACACUCUUCGCUUUCCUCGGGCCAGCAGCAGCAUGGUGCAACCGGCGCGUCUGGUCUUGGUGGAUCUUUCCAGUAUGCUAGCGGAGGAAAUACGCAGGGCUCAACUCGUUCUGCAGACAACUACGGUGGAUCUGCGAUUUCUGAUGAGUCUCGCAGCGGCCGAAGCGGUGCCCACCAGCAGAGCAGCACUUCAGACGGUAUGAUUGACUCAGUUGGCGCGUUCAACACGGGUGGGAUUGGUGGAGCCGAUGGUCAGCGAAAGCAGGAGGUUCUGAGCGCGCUUGAUGACCAGACCGCUGGAUUCCGCACUACGAAGGAACCCCAAGGACCUGUCCGCUCCUUGGUCGAUGAAGCCGAACGCAUGACAGUCUCGUCUGGUCAGGAUACGACCGGACGCCAGGCAGGCUCUGGACGCAACGCCGGUCUCUCAACCGGGCCUACUGCUGCGGGAACUGACUCACGUGGGUCGGGUGCUCAACAGUCGCAUUCGGGACGCAACGCUGCUCUGGGUGCUGGUGCGGCAGCAGCGGGCGUUGGUGCUACGGCUGGUGCUCACGGACACCAUUCUGGAUCGUCGGGUGCUCAAACUGGAGAUAACUAUGGAUCUGCGCAGUCUUCCGGUCUGCAGAGUGGAAACAGACAAUCUGGAGGCGCCUACAGCUCGCAGUCAACCGGCGCUCAGGCCACUGGCCCAUACUCCUCGGGUGACCAGACUCAGUCUAGCGCCUACGGAUCACGAGGCGGCGCGCAAGACCGCAGAACUGGUGACAAUUACAACACUCAGUCAACGCAAGGUGCGGUCGCCGGGGAAUCUUAUGGUGCCCAGCCAACGCACGGAUCGAGACAGUCCCAGGGACUUCAGUCGACUGGUGCUCACGAUCAAGCAACUGGGUAUCCCCGUACUUCCACGCAGGGAACGGGAGUUCAGUCCACCGGAGGUGCUUAUGAACAAGCAUCUCCCCGUAAAACUACCCAGGGAGCCGGAGUUCAGUCCACUGGUGGUAAAUAUGACCAGUCGACCGAGAACCCUCGUACCUCCACGCGAGGAGCGACAGGCCAGCAGCACGCGACGUCUGGUGAUAGCUUUGGCGAGCGCGCUGAUGCCAUCUCGCUACAGCAGUCUCACCAGGCCGGUACGAUUGACGCUAAGCAGGCGCAAUCAGGACACAAGUCUUUGCUCGACAAGGCCAAGGACUUGGUGAAAUGAUGAACGAAAGAAAUGAUCGUACCGAAUGAGGGUGAUAUUUGUUUUGGGUUUGAAUUUGGGUGUUUUUUGUGAAGGGAUUAUCGUGAAUUUUAAGUAGUUUGAAACAAUCUGAUUUACUCAGCCAUCUAAAA